ACUUUCUCAUCAUCCUCUUCACGUUUUCUCUCUUCCCAGGUCCCCAUAGAACACAAUUUUUCACUAAAUUCCGGGAAAAUACGUCUGCGGUCCGAUCGAAUCAAAAUCUCUUUCUCGACUCAUUUCUAAUUCUUCCUUGCUUUCCAUAGUGUCCCUCUGACGACCAAAACGUCAUCGUUUUGACGACAUUUUUGCGCUAUCAGCUGCUUCAGUCGUCUUCUUUUUUUGAAUCUUCUCGACAAUCAGUAUUUUUUUUUAAUUUCAGUGUAGAAGGAUGACGUUGGAUUCAAUUCCUGGUAGUUCGGGUUACUUGGAUACAUUUCCUGAGAGGCGAAUGUCGUAUUUUAGUAAUCCGUACAUUCUCAGAUUGACGGUAAUUGCCGGCAUUGGUGGACUCCUCUUCGGCUACGAUACCGGUGUCAUAUCAGGAGCCCUUCUGUAUAUAAAAGAUGAUUUUGAGGUGGUAAAUCAGAGUACUUUCCUACAGGAAACAAUUGUGAGCAUGGCCUUGGUUGGUGCAAUGAUUGGAGCUGCAUCAGGGGGCUUGAUGAAUGAUGCCUAUGGACGGAAGAAAGCUACUCUUCUUGCUGAUGUUGUAUUUACAAUCGGAGCAAUUGUCAUGGCUGCUGCACCGGAUCCAUAUGUUCUAAUAUUGGGACGGCUUUUAGUUGGCCUGGGUGUGGGUGUAGCAUCUGCAACUGCUCCAGUAUAUAUAGCUGAGGCAUCCCCAUCAGAAGUAAGAGGUGGACUUGUGAGCACAAAUGUGCUUAUGAUAACUGGUGGACAGCUUCUUUCCUACCUCAUAAAUCUUGCUUUUACAGAGGUACCUGGAACAUGGAGAUGGAUGUUAGGAGUAUCAGGUGUGCCAGCUGUCAUUCAGUUUGUCUUAAUGCUUUUUAUGCCAGAGUCUCCCCGGUGGCUUUUUAUGAAGAGUGAUAAAGAUAAAGCCAUUUCCGUGCUUGCUAGAAUUUAUGACAUUGAUCGAUUAGAGGAUGAAAUUGAUCACCUUUCUGCUGCUUCAGAGGAAGAACGUCUGAAAAAGAAUACUGUCAGAUACAUUGAUGUAUUUAAAUCGAAAGAGAUCAGACUUGCUUUUCUGGCUGGGGCUGGGCUUCAGGCGUUUCAGCAGUUCACUGGUAUAAAUACAGUCAUGUAUUACAGCCCGACAAUUGUUCAAAUGGCCGGCUUCAAAUCAAACCAGCUUGCACUUCUCCUAUGUCUUGCUGUCGCUGGUUUAAACGCAGCUGGCACAAUUGUUGGGAUUUACCUUAUUGACCAUGUUGGAAGGAAAAAGUUGGCCCUCACAAGUUUAUCUGGUGUUGUUGUAUCCCUUGUCCUCCUCGCUUGGGCAUUCUUUGCCGAAUCAUCUGGUUCUUCUAGUGGACUCUAUGGGUGGAUUGCCGUUCUAGGGUUAGCGCUAUACAUUGCUUUCUUCUCACCGGGCAUGGGACCUGUGCCAUGGACUGUCAACUCCGAGGUGUAUCCUGGGCAAUACCGAGGGAUUUGUGGUGGCAUGUCCGCAACUGUAAACUGGGUCUCAAACUUGAUUGUUGCCCAAAGCUUCCUUUCAAUAGCUGAUGCUGUUGGUACCGGAGCCACUUUCUUGAUUCUUGCUGGCAUUGCUGUACUUGCAAUCUUUUUUGUGAUCACCUGUGUGCCUGAAACUCAGGGAUUGACAUUUCUUGAAGUGGAACAACUUUGGAAGGAGAAAGCAUGGGGCACUAGCUGUAACACAGACAGCCUCCUGGAGCACGGAAAUGACCCCUAAGUUUCGUGAUAACCCAGAACCAGUGUUCAAGUUUAAAGAUUUCCAUCAGCCUAAGGUUUUUGAUAAGGUGAGUAGCAUUUCAGAAUUAAUACUGAUUUUAGAGAUUCCGAAUUAUAUGUAUAUGUCUAUCUAUGAACCCAAUCCACAGAGAUCAUGGAAUCAAGUUUUAUGUUCCAUGGUGCGAGGGACAAGUAGUUUGUGUCAUAGGGUUUGUCUGGUCAAGUGAUGUGCUACAGCUCUAGUAAAGGUACAUUGGAACUGUUUGUUUUUGUAUCAAUGAAGUUGUUAUUUUGGGCUGAA